CUUCCGGUGUGAGACAAUUCUGCAACCUUGUGAGGACUAAAAUGUCAUCUCUCGUGGCAGAAGCUAUACAGACGGAACUUGGUGCCAUAGAACGAUGGCCAGAUGAUGUGCAGUUUUUUCAACAAUACCAAGUUGAACAGAUCACACUUCCUGACCAAGCCGCCUGUCUCAGCGUGAAAACUUUUCUCCAUAUGUGUGGAUUAAAUUAUAGAGAGGAGCUGAGAAUUAAUGCAGAAGAAAUGUCCCCAUCAGGCAAAGUGCCAUUUUUAAAAGUUGGACCAUUUUUGACGUCGGAGUUUGAACCUAUUGUAGCAUUUGUUAAUCAAAGGGGAUUUAGUAUAAGUGAACAGUUGGAUGAUGCUCAGAGGUCAGAAAUGAAGGCUUAUAUGGCAAUGGUGGAUAAUAUACUUGUUCAUGCCGAGCUGUACCUGAGCUGGGUAAUCCCUGAUGUUGUAAACGAGGUAACAAUACCUCGCUAUGGUGUGGGGCAGCCUCAACCAUUAUCCUGGAUAUUACCUCGACUAAAAAAGCGAGAUGUUCAGACCAGGCUGAGCAGCAUUGGCUGGUCAAAGAAGACGUUUGAUGAGGUGUGUGAAGAGGUCGUCACUUGUUGCCAGGCUUUAUCCGAUAGACUAGGGACAAAUUCGUACUUCUUCGGGGAGCGGCCAACUGAACUGGAUGCUCUAGUGUUUGGUCACCUCUUCACAAUUAUCACUACGGAACUUCCGGAAAUGAGAAUAGCCAACAUUAUUCGGAAAUUUGAGACUCUCACAACUUUUUGUUCAAAUGUGGACAAAUUAUAUAGAGACUUUUCUGCUGACUAGUGAACUCACUGCUAGGUUUAGAAUAUGUGUUUCUUGUUUAAUGGACUGUGGAGAGGACAGUGUGACUAUAUAUAUGACUGAUAUAAUUUAUAACAACUGGAGUGUAAGCUGUACUGAUGAGUUCAUCCCAUUACCAGAUUGUAUUUGUUUCUCAUACUCCACACAGUAUAUUUUAUACAGAACCUUGCAAGACUUUAAACAUUUCACAACUUUACACAAACAUUGUGGUUUCUUAUGUUUAAGAGAUUUUUUUCAAUGAAGGCACACAAUAAAGUUUUCAAUUCUUCUAUAACUGGGAUAUACAUUCCCCAUUAGGCAUUAUGAAAACAAAAACAGACAAUAUGUAAUAUUGAAAUUCCUGUUGUGAAGUUAUCAUGAUAGAAUUAUAUUAAUCUUCCAAGAUCUAGGAACUUCUAUUGAAUAAAUAAAGUACCAAAAAUGUAUGUUCCUGUUUGCAAACCCAAAAAUUGAUGAAUACAUUCAAAGUGUUAGCUGGUAGUAAACCUAACUUAAAAAUACUAGUGAAAGUAGUAAGGUCAGUUUCAAGGUUUGAUGAGGGCAUUAAUACAAGUGAAUGGUAAUUUGGUGUUUUGUAAGUAAUAGAUGGUGAGUGAGAGUGAAUAUUUAGCCGGUAGUGGUGCUGUGUAUUGAGAAGUACAUGUAUAUGGCCAUACAGCUGGAUCUACGAAAAGGCUGGAUCUAUGAAAAGGCUGGAUCUACGAAAAGGCUGGAUCUAUGAAAAGGCUGGAUCUACGAAAAGGCUGGAUCUACGAAAAGGCUAGAUCUACGAAAAGGCUGGAUCUACGAAAAGGCUACGAAAAGGCUGGAUCUACGAAAAGGCUGGAUCUACGAAAAGGAGCCAUACAAAAGAACUGAAAGUUACUGAGAACUGGAAAGGAAAUAUAUGAUUGUAUAGAAUUGCAAAACAAUUUGGUGCAAUACACAUCCUUGAGGACAGUAA